AUGGUGGGCGCUGAUCCGGCACUUCCACCAGCACUAGCUGGAUCCCCAAGGGUGUUGCUAGUGGGAUUGCCGGAGAGUGCACCUGCUGAACCGGUCGAUGGGGAGGCUGAUGAUGCGAUGAGUGGUGCAGCUGCACCUCCGAUGGAUAGACGUCCGCGGACGCUCUUAUGGCUGGCUGUUAAUCCCACGCCAGGGGCGACGACACUGGAGCCACUACUACUGCCCAAUUGGCCCACCUGGCCAUUAAAACCCUCGUGCCUGGAGGGGAUUAUGGGGGCGUCGGUGCCGAAGCCAUUUAUUGCCGUGGAAUUGCUGCGCUGCUGGAGGAACACGGGGGAUGAGGGACCACCACCGACACCGCCACCUACAGAUAUCUUGCGUUGCGGCAAAUUAAUGUCAAGCACUGUGCUGGCACUGCGCUGUCGUAUCGAGCCCGGUCCAAUGCCCAAGCCGGCUCCUGCUCCUGAUCCCAGACCUGACACGCCCGCAGCAGCCACCCCGACACCGCCCACUCCACCCCCGCCUCCACCGAUGCCGACAAACUGCUGCUGGCCACUUCUGGCCGGAGAACCUGCUGCCACCGCUGCCGCUGCCACCGUUCCUACGCCUGCCACGCCCCCAACCGAACCUGCUCCGGCUGCUGCCGCCCCUGGACCGCCAGCCGGCGUUAUUCCGACAGCGCUGCCACUGCGACCGCGUUGCACCUCCUCGACACUAUCCAAACGAGAGAAAAUUCUGGCCGCCGUUGUUGCCGUCUUUGAAGUCGAAUAA